CACAGCAACGAAGUGAGAAGCUGCUUGUGUACAGACGGUGCUGUUACGCUUUCUGGAAACCUAUGAAGAAACAGUCAUGAAUUCUGACUUAUAUUAACUAUUUCCGUGUGUACAUACCUUUAUGCACAUGCAUAUGUGUAAAAUAUAAUCACUGAAUAUGCACCGGCCAAAGUAUUUUACUCCGAAUGAAGUCUCGGUACACAACACAAUUGGUGAUAUUUGGGUGUCAUUCCUAGGAAAGGUGCGUGACUUGACGCCGUUGGUAAACGAAUACAAAGGUGAUGUGCUUCUAAAGCCUAUAAUUGAGUGUGCUGGAAAGGACAUCAGCCACUGGUUCAAUCCGAAGACAGAAGAUAUUCAGACCCGUGUGGACCCCUUGUCUGGCUGCAUGAAGUACUACACACCCAGGGGGCGUUUUAUACACGUACCCCCUCCCUGUCCCUGCACUGACUGGGCCAAUGACUUUGGGACACCAUGGUGGAGAGACAAACGCUAUGAGAUUGGGUUGCUGUCAGCCAAGACCAGGUGGAUUCGCAUCAUCAACACUCUCACCUCUCAGGAGCAGAGGUUGGAGGUGUGUUCUGAGGAAACCCUGAAUGAGAUUCUACAACGCUACCUGUAUUACAACUCCCACGCCACAGGCUACACUUGGAAGCAUAACGGUGACAGUCUGGACAUGAGCAAGACCCUAAGUGAAAACAACAUCCCAGACGAAGACGAAGACUUCUACAAUAAUCGCAUUGACUGUGACCUCUUCUCUCAGUCUAUUUGCCUCUACUUCAAUGAUGACCUCACAGAGAUGUGAGCAUAAAAGGAAGACCACAGGAAAUGUGUUGUGAGAGAACAGGGUUGUUGAAAAGCAGAAUGAGGAAAGCUAUUUUUUGCUUUGUAUCGUAUCUGGAAGUUGCAUCAUACUUCACACACUAGUAUUUCAUAGAUUUCUGAGCGAGGUAAAGCACAAGUUAAGUCUCUAUCAUUAUGUUAUUAGUAUGGACCAUGUGUAAAAACGAAUUAAGAUCGUAUUAUAAAUGUGCCAACAUUUUUCAAACUGGAUGAACCAUCCCACAUUAAAUCAAAUAAACUUACUGUAAUCAUGGUACGCUGUACUUGAAAAUACAAGUUAUGACAAAAUAUUUUCCACAUUCAGUGAAAUGUAGUUUUAUGUUAUUCCUGAAACUUAGUUUUAUGCCAUUUUGUGAUAAUUCAGUUUCAGACAGCAUAUAAUAAAUUCCAGGUGACAUUUUAAAAUAUUUAACAACAAUAUCUCUAUUUGUUUUUCAUUCACUUAUAUGUACAAUGUAAUUGCAGCAUUAGAAGACAACCUCCACAAUAUACACUGAAAUAUCUUUGUACAAAAAAAAAGUAAUCAAAAUCACAACAAUUAUUGAUCAUUUUUGGCACUGUGCUUCAUCACCUCUCGCUUACUAUCCCUUUCUCAGCUAGGGGUGUUUGACCCUUGUACAAUAAAAUGUUUAUAUACAUUUUCCCACAUUAUCUCGCUUUACUAACACUACUUAUAUGACAUGCAUGUUUAAUGCAAUAUACCACCCUAAAUUUCAAUCUGUAAUCAAGUACAGCUUAUACUUAAAUGAUUAUUUGUGAAUUAUGUAUUAUACAAUACAUUUUAAAUUUCAAUAUGUUGCAAGAUCUUUAUUUGAACUCAUGGGAAAUUGACCAAGCAUUGUUUUUUUUAAUCUCACCUUCCCUUUACUCUCUAUGUUGUCUACCAUACGGUGGCAAUGUGUUUUUGUCUGAUUGACAAAUGAUUGUUAGUGUAGUUGAUUGUUUGUAUUAGUGGCAGUUCUCCAGAAAUGUUUCAAUCCUCAUCUACACUGUAUUACUUAGUUCUCCUUAUAUGGAAGUUAGGCUUUAUGUUCUCUCAGAGCACAUUGUACAAAUUCAAAGUCGCCUUGUUCAAUGUGGGAACGGAUUGUGUGUCAGGUUACUGAUUUAUUUCAGAGCUGAGAAAAUGGGUGUGACAAUCUUGUUUUUCUGACAUGUAAAUACUAGACUUCCCUACAAUAUUUUAUCAUGAAUUUUGAAAACUUGUGGUUAGCAUAUUGUUUUGGUCUGUUUCAAUUUGUACCUAAGUUGACAGAGUUUUCAGUCCUUUCUUUAACCUUUUUAAGUACUGUUUAUAUUUUGCCCUGUCUUUAUACUGACUGGGAAUGUGGCAUUGCUUUUGUACUGAUUUUGUAAUGGAUUUCUAUAGGAUAUAUAACUGCUUUGCUUCAUUAA